CUUGCUACAUGACGUUCACUCAUCCGUUGGUGUUUUACAAAGCCUUACGUUGCAAUUCCAGCUUACGCAAGCCAAAACUCGACCUCCCCCCAGUUAGGAAACGUUUUCUGCUGGAAGGCGCCUGUGCCACAUGCGCCGAAAUAUAAAUCGUACAUAUAUCUGAUCUUUAAAUGACGAUAUCCUAGUUAAUCUCGUAGGAUGCACUAUUUAUAGUACCCGCCUAAGUAGCUACAAUGUCGAAUUGGGGGCAUAGGAUGAUACAACGCUGUGGGAUACAUUACUAUCCUGUUGUAGACAACACAAAGAUAGUUACACUGCAGGCGGAUUUCGAAAAUAAGGGUCAACAUAAGAAUUACGAUUGUCUCAGGGCCUAGAUAUAUUGGUGGGAUUGAUAUCUCAUCGCCUAUGAAAAUUUUCCUCUCACGCAGCUCAUUUUUAACAGGCCCCAAUUGUCCUUGGCGUCAAUUAUCACGAUGCGUCUCUUUCAUAUCUUGAUUACUUUUAUUGUUUUUCUCAGCGGCCUUACCCAUGCCGAAAUAUCAAUGUUGUGGAUGGGUUCACCUAAGUUCAAGCAAUGGUUCAGCAAUUGGGAAGUGUAUCUGUUGCCAAAAGGUGACAAUUGGGCAAAAUGCGUACCCGAUCUUGAGAUUUACUGGUCUAGAAACGCAAGUUAUCCGAAUCAUUGCUCCGUUGCUCUCAGCUGUAUACUCCAGGAAACAGAUGAAGGUUCGAAGCAAUUGUUGGGAGCAAUUAUGGUCUUGCUUGGUGCUAUACCUACUUUACUCGCCUUGACCUCUCCAACAGUCACUGAAUCAGCUUUAUUGAGCAUGGAAUACCCAUCAUUAACCUUCCUGCUCGCCUUCGGCUCUGCAGCCGUUCAUACGUCUCGGAUAAUGGAUUACGUGGACCCCCUAGAUGCGAUUGACACAACCAAGCGUUCUGCGAAAGACGAACCGUUUACACGCUUGGCAAAUUCUCUGCAGCCAUACCGGAGAUUCAUCGUUGUGAUUGAACAUAUCCUCGGUCUAGCUGCCGUCGUCAAUACGAUUGAGGUCACCCUUGACCUGGGACUAAGAUCGGUGGCCAGUAUCGACUGCGACCGCUCGUGUUGGCCUCUGAGCUGGGCUCUAGUGUCCGUUUUCCUGCACCUACUUGGUGUGGUCUCAUUUUGGACCACUCCUAGGGGGAUAUCGCCAGGCGUAGAGGCUGUCAAUAUCUGUCCCGAGAUAACGGCUGUCACGGACCGGGGAAUUAACGAUAUUCUCUCAAAGCCAAAAGCUUCCAUCGGGCAUGAGCAAAUACAGGGAGACGUUUCUUCAGCGGAUAGGAGAAUGAUAUUAUAUACAGAACGCCCUAGCCUUUGGUCUAUAAUUCUACAAUACUCAGCCAACGGGUAUGCCAUCGGCCAUGUGUUAUUCGGGACCAUGGUAUUUUCUAGUUUAAUGUUUUUAGCACUGGUCGAUGCGAUCCCGGUAAUCGCGAGAUACCAUUUUUCGGCUGUCACAUGCAGUGUAAUCAGCCGCUAUGAACUUGCGGUCAUGAGCCAGAAAUACAGGGUCGAACGCGUGGAGAAGGUGGAACAGCGAACGAGAGUACAUAUAUGGACGAGGCGUAUGAGAUAGGCGCUCCGGGCGAAAUUGCUGUGAGUAUACACGAAUCUAAUAAAUAUAGCAUAACGUAUCUUCUACAUAAAAUUAUUAUUACCAGAAGUCGU